AUGGAUUUAAUAAAAUAUGGAAUGAAAGAAGUGAAGCAAUUUAUGGACAAUCAUAAAGAAAUAUUAAUUACUAAAGCGGAUAAGGGGAAUAUGACUGUGGUAAUGAAUUUAACAGAAUACAAAAUGAAGAUGCAUGCUUUAUUAUCUGACGAUAGCACGUAUAUUAAAUUUAAUAAAGAUCCGACGAUGAGAUUAACCAGACAAAUGCAUCAGUUAUUAAGUAGAUGGAAGGAUAACGAAUUCAUCAACAUAUCAACUUACAAAAAUCUGAAUGUCACUGAUGGAACGGUGGCAAGAGCAUAUGGUAUGCCGAAGGUUCAUAAAGAAGGGAAUCCGUUAAGAAUUAUUAUAUUCGGCAUGCCAAUGGGCUCACCUCUGUCACCGAUCUUAGCGGACUUAGUUAUCCAAGACUUGGAAUUGUAUGUAAUUAACAGUUUAGAAUUUAAGGUGCCGAUAUAUUAUCGUUAUGUGGAUGACAUAUUAGUUGCGCUCCCGGACGUCCAAAUAAAUAAGGUGCUGUUGUUAUUCAAUUCGCAUCAUAAUAGAAUUAAAUUUACGGUUGAAGAGAAUGAUGAUGGUUGUAUGUCGGCCAAUAUUUUUGACGAACCGCAGCUAAGGUUGCUUGUGCGCCAGCAUGCAGAUGCCGUUCGUGUUCGCAUACAAUGA